AUGUCACAAUACUUAUCGCUCCUGCUGGACUGCCCUGUGGUGAUUGCUGCCAUUUUUAUCACUGGCAUUGGAGGAACAUUCCAGUAUGGAUUCAGUGUUUCUGUGUUGACCUCCCCCUCUGAGUUUAUAAAGGAGCUGGUGAACCAGACGUGUCUGCAGAGAUAUGGCGUCUCGCUGGACAAGGGGCAGGUGUCACUCAUCUGGUCCUUCAUUGUCUCUAUUUUCUGCAUUGGGGGGUUACUGGGGGCACUGAUGGCCGGGCCGUUGAUGUCGAAGUACGGCAGAAAACAAUGCCUCCUGUUCAACAAUUUUACGGCUAUUUCCGGAGCCCUGUUGAUGCUCCUCAGCCAGAAAGCCUUGUCCUUUGAGAUGAUCAUGGUGGGACGAUUACUCUACGGCAUCAAUGCAGGAGUGAGUCUCUCGGCUCACACCAUGUACCUUGUUGAAUGCGCCCCCAAGAAGCUGCGAGGGAUGGUGGGAGUGACCAUCUCCACCUUCGUCUCCUUCGGCAAGUUCAGUGGUCAGCUGCUGGGGAUCAGCGAGUUACUUGGAACAGAGCAGAAUUGGCCCUGGCUGCUCGGUUUCAACGGUUUCACUGCGUUACUCCAGCUCGCCACCCUGCCCUUCCUGCCGGAGUCUCCCAGCUUCCUGCUCCUGAACAGAGGCGACCGCGAGGCCUGCGACAAAGCUUUAAAGAGGCUGUGGGGCAAUAAGGACUACACCUGGGAGGUGGACGAGAUGAUGAAGGAGAAAGCUGCUAUCCAGGGCGUCCGCAACCACUCAGUAAUGGAGCUGAUUCAGAACAAAAAUAUCCGCUGGCAGCUGAUCACCAUCCUCGUUACCUUCAUUGGACUGCAGCUCUGUGGCAUCAAUGCAGUCUACUUUUAUUCUUUUGAGGUGUUCCGUGCAGCAGGAAUUGAAGAAGGGCAGUUACGUUACGCUGCUUUGGGAACGGGGCUGUGCGAGGUGGUCACCUCCAUCUUCUGCUUCAUGAUUAUUGAGAGCACCGGGAAGAAAGUGCUGCUGUUCAGAGGAUACAUGGCGAUGUCAGUGACGCUGGUUCUCCUCACCAUCACUCUGUUCCUGAAAACUUGCAUCUCCUGGAUGCCGUACUGCAGCAUGCUCCUCCUUUUCCUCUUCAUCUUUUGCUUCGCCAGUGGACCAUCUGGAAUAAUAGCUCCUCUUCCAGGGGAACUCUUCACCCAGCCAUUUAAAUCAGCUGCAUACACCCUCGCCUGCACUCUCAACUGGACAGGCCUGUUUCUGCUGGGGAUGCUCUUCCCUGUCUUAGUGGAGCAUAUGAGUUACUUUUGCUUCCUCAUCUUCCUGUUCUUCUGCACUGGCUGUGGUCUGUUUGUGUGGUUCAACGUCCCCGAGACCCGGCACAAGACAGCGUUGGAAAUCGCCGCAGACUUCGAUAAGAUGCACCGCAAAUCUGGGGAAUCAAAGAAACAAUCCACCGAGCAGGACCUCAACGGAUCCCACCAGACCAGAUUCUGA